GAGUUCAGGAAGUGUUCCUUGUUUUUGUUUUCCCCGACUGGGACGUUUCGACGCUUCCCCGCGCUUCUUCAUCAACAUUCACCCACUUUCACUUUGCAUUCAAUAUGGGAUGCGACGGGGGAACUAUUCCUAAAAGACACGAAUUGGUAAAAGGGCCCAAAAAAGUCGAAAAGGUUGACAAAAAUGCAGAAUUGGCUGCCAAAUGGAAAUAUUGUGCCCUAAGUCAGGAGAAACUCAGACGUCCAAUUGUUUCCUGUGAACUGGGAAGGCUUUAUAACAAAGAUUCAGUCAUUGAAUAUCUUCUGGAUAAGUCUGCUGAGAGACCGAAUGCUGAGGCUGUCACACAUAUCCGUGGAACUAAGGACAUAAAAGAACUCAACUUGACUGAUAACCCGGAAUGGGAGGGAGAAAGAAGGAACACCAAAGGAGACAGAUAUGAAGACGUCCAUUGUGGAAUGUUUAUUUGCCCUGUUGUGGGGUUAGAGAUGAACGGCAGGCACAGGUUCUGCUACCUGCAGAGCUGCGGUUGUGUCUUCUCAGACCGUGCCCUCAAGGAGGUCAAGACAGAAAUCUGCCACAAGUGCGGCGACCCCUUUCAAGAUUCAGAUGUUGUCGUGCUCAACGGCACUAAGGAAGAAGUAGAGAAGCUGAGGGAGAAGAUGGAGCAGAGACGAGUCAAAGCCAAAGUUAAGAAGUCAAAGAAGAGCAAAGCCGCUGAAAGCGUGUCCACCGCAUCAGAACCAAAAGUCACGCUGGAAGCCAGUUGCUCGGGUUUGACAGGAGUUUUAAUCAUCCGCUUCAUACAACAGGAAAUGUCUCAACUUUUCAGUCGCUCAGGUCUCUCACAAACAGAUGACACACAAGUGAUGGUAGCACAAAACGGCGAGGGACAGAGCGACAAGGAAAGCAGCCAAUCGGUUACUGAUGUGGCGGGACCCUCGGGCUCCUCCAAAGGCAGCAAGUCAUCUUUGUUGCCGUUGUCCGCCUCCAAAAGGUCCAUCCAAGAAAUGGAGGAGAAGUCUGAGGCUUUCAAAUCCCUCUUCACCACCCACAGCUCUGCCAAGCGCACCAAAGAUCAGAUCUCCAACUGGGUCACCCACACGCCUUACCACUUCUAAUUCACUCACACACACACACACACACACACACACACACACACAAAACGUUCCCUUGCUACCCUUUUGUGUGUGUCCCUGUAGCUCCAUGUUUAGUUGAUGUGGUGAACCGUUUAAUGACUCCCCGGGCUGCUCACGCUCUUAUUUUGCAUCAUCUCCCCACGGAUUCAACGGCCGUGCGCUCUCAGGUGAUCUUUUUUUCCGUCAUUUUUUUUUCCUUCUCCUAGAUACCUGGGCAAUCCUUUUUCACACAGGUCAGACCUGUCCUAUUCCAACCCCCACUUGUUGGACUUGUAAAAUGCAUAGUCGUUUGUACUAGACAUACAAUCAUUUAUUUUGCAUAAGUGGCAUGAGCAAAUCUCCGAAUAAAUCCGCAUGUGACAUCA